CUAGCAUGAGUUCUCCUCAUAGUGAUCAAUACAUGCUUCCUUAGCACUAAAGAAUUAAUGGAAAUUUCUGUAUUUCCUACACGAUGGAUCCUCUAUAUUUGGCAAUUAGUCUAUUUAAGAGAAGGAACUAUGAAGAAUGCGCUGCAAUAUGCACGACAUUAUUGAAGAAGAACUCGUUAGAUCAAGUGAUAUGGAUUCUCAAAAUGCGUGCUUUAACACUUCAAGUAUAUGUGGAUGAUAUAGAAGGCGAGGAGGAAGGAAUAGCAGAGAGUAUUUUAGAUAAUGACACCAUUGCCUCAAUGCCACGACCAGGCACAUCACUCAAAAAUCCCGGCACGUCUCUAUUAGGACAAGGUUUUCGACCUAAAACUGAAUCAGGUCGACCUGUCACAGGUGUCGUUAGACCAGCAACCCAGUCUGCAAAAUCAGAGACUAUGGAACAAGCUUUGAGAACUGCAAGGACAUCAAAAACAGCAAGACCAAUCACUGCAAACACUGGACGUAGUAUUAGACUCGGUACAGCAUCGAUGUUGACGGAACCUGAUGGUCCGUUCAUCCAGCUCUCACGUUUAAACAUAUCAAAAUAUGCUGCUCAGCCUGGUAUUGCCAAACCAUUAUUCGAAUAUAUUUUCUAUCACGAACACGAUGCAAGAUAUGCUCUCGAUUUAGCUGUUCAAGCUACUCAAGCAUGUCAAUUUAAAGAUUGGUGGUGGAAGGUCCAACUAGGUAAAUGUUAUUAUGCUCUUGGACUGAUUCGAGAUGCAGAACAUCAAUUCCGAUCAGCUCUUAAGGACCACAAAACCAUUGAAACGAUAAUCAGAUUGAUUCGGGUGUAUAUAAGAUUAGAUCAGCCAUUUGCUGCAUUAGAUAUCUGCAAAGGUGGUCUUGAAUAUUUUACAAAUGAGGUGACAAUACAAAUAGAAAUGGCUCGAGUCUUUGAAGGAUUAAAUAACAUGCCAAUGUCGAUCAAAUACUAUAAGCAGGUGCUACAAGAGGAUGCCACGAAUAUCGAAGGUAUCGCAAGCAUUGGCAUGUAUCACUUCUAUAACGACCAACCAGAAGUGGCAUUACGAUACUAUAGACGACUUCUGCAAAUGGGGGUUUUUAAUGCUGAACUGUUCACCAACCUCGGAUUAUGCUGUUUUUAUGCCCAACAAUACGAUCAUACUAUUCCAUGCUUUGAAAGAGCACUCAAUCUUGCUAAUGAAGAUAAUAUUUCUGAUGUAUGGUAUAACAUCUCUCAUGUAGCUAUUUGUGUUGGCGAUAUUCAAAUGGCUCAAGAAUGUUUGAGGCUGGCAAUUGCUGGAGACAACAGUCAUGCUCUAUCUUAUAACAAUCUUGGAGUACUGGUGGCUAGAAGCAACAAUACCAUAGCAGCACGCACAUACUUUCAUGCGUCAGCCAAUAUUGCUGGGUACCUACAUGAACCACACUACAAUAGUGCCAAGCUGGCAUAUCAGGUAGGAGAUCUACAGACAAGUUACAUUGUUGUACAAAGAGCGCUGCAAGCAUAUCCGAAUCACCAGGAAAGUAUAGAACUUUUAAAAAAAUUAAAAAGACAUUUUUCGCACAUAUAGAUAUCUACUGAUGAAACAUUGAGACAGGGUUCUUUUUCAUUCUCAUUUUUUCCUUUUUAUUGGAAUAUUUGUCUUAUGCCAUUUUCAUAGCUAUCUCACUAUACAUCAUAAUGUUACAUAAUAAAUAUAAUAUUUUCAUUUGAUGAUAAAAAUAAAAUACUAUCGAUUUUAGCAAAUGCAAGGCUGAAUAUUGAUGAUCAAGUUAGUUUAUUCAGAUGUUAAAUAGUCCGGAGUGUACAUGCAGAUGAAGAUUUUGUACCAGAUGCAGGAAUAAAAAAUAACAGGUGGCUGUUUGUAAGCC